AUGCACAGGAACCGCUUACAUCAGCUGGAAGGACAGAGAGGCGCGUCUGGAGAACUCUCUUCGGAUAAGAUUCAGUACCUUCUCAACGCGGCGCCUUUGCUCCGAGAGUAUGAGACGGAGACGAAGAGAGUAAAGGAACUCCAAGAGAACGAGAGAAAGAAAGAAGAGGAAGAAUCAUCGAAGAAGCCGCCCCAGAGAAAGUACGGCAACAUCAAAGAUUUUGUCACCGUACAGACUGCGGACAAGGGUACCUCCGGACUCGGCACACUGAAUCUCAAGUACGUCGUCGCCACGGCCGAUCCCUUGUCUCCUCAAUACGCAGCAGCUCACUCGGCCCUCACGGACAUACUCAUAAGGAAAGGCGAGUACAAACAAGAUAUACACACGUGCCCCGACUGCGAGGUCACGCUCUUAUCAAUCCCCCACGAGGGAUCCAUGGUGUGCCCCGAGUGCGGCUUGUCCGAGACCGUCCUGGGAUUUUCCAGGGAGAACCUAACUUACGAACAAGAGAUCACGUGCAACGUGACACCCUCCUUCAGCUACAAAAGGGCGGUGCAUCUCAUCGAGUGGCUCAACCAAAUCCUGGGCAAAGAGACCACGGUCAUCCCCCAGGACGUGAUCGACAAAGUGAAGGCCGAAUUCCGAAAGGCGCGCAUAACGUCUGUCGACGAGAUCAACCCACAGAGAGUGCGGGGCUACCUGAAGAAGCUGAAUCUCUCCAAGUUCUAUGAGCAUUCAGUGUCGAUCUGCCAGUCCCUAGGGGUGUCGCCACCACGAUUGAGCCCGGAGACCGAGGAGAAGAUCAUAGUCAUGUUCUCGGCGGUGCAAGAGCCGUUUCAAAAGUACGCGCCGGAGGGGAGAUCCGUUGAUAUGAAGAACGUGGUGUCUCCAAAGUGCUUCUGUGGAAAGAGCCAGCCGCAGUACGGGCUCAAGGGUGGCAGAGCGACCCAUUGCAGCAAGUGCAGAUCCGAUAACAUGAUAGACGUGAAGAGCCAAAAGUGCGAGAAGGUCUCUCGGAAUCUCAAGGUCAAAGAGCAGCACUUCGCUGACGCUAUCAAAGCGGCAGACAUUCUCCCCGAGCACGCGGACAUAACAUUCGACAAGAGGGUCCAAGGAGGUUGCUCGGCGAGGAGACCCGACGUUUUCGUCGACAUGUACACUCAUACCGUGCACUUAGAGAACGACGAGGAUCAGCACCGGAACUCCGCGUGCGAGAACAAAAGGCUCAUGGAGCUGUUCCAGGACGCCGGCAACCGGCCCCAGGUCCAGCUGCGAUUCAACCCAGACGGCUUCACGUCGGCUGGAGGAAGGAAGGUUCCCAGCUGUUUUCAAUACAACAAGUUAGGCGUGCCGGUGAUCAGAGACAAGAGCAUGUGGGAGAAUCGCAACCGCGCAUACAUCGAGCGCCUCCGUCACCACCUCACCCACGUGCCGGAGCGCGAGGUGACAGUCGAGCACAUGUUCUACGACGGCUACGACUGGGAAAGUGAAGUUCCGAGCCAGCAAGUAGGACAGAAGCGGAAGCGGGCGUAA